AAUUAUUCCAGACUAACCCAAGUCCAAUCCUCCUUCUCAUGUCGACCCAACCAAACGUAUUAACCCAUAUCAGAUAACUAGGAUUUUCUACCCCAACGGCUAGACCUAGUGGCCACUAUCUUAAGACGAUAUCCCACCGAGUCCGCUUGCUAUAAUAGCCAAUCAAUAUCCGUGUUCCCCACCAUGCUAGAGCACCCAUUUAUAUAAAUAGUGCCUUUGGCACUAGAAAAGAUACACACACUUUCUCAUCUCAAUACCUCUCACUCUCCUCAGAUCAAUAUUCACUUGAGCAUUAGAGUGUCUGUAGUACCACCCCCUCAACAGAUUCGAUGUUUCUAACCAGUCUAACAAAGCCGACCAUGAUCCUCAGUCCAGUUCGAAUCAUAACCUAAUGGAAUAUUAUAGAUCCUUUUCCACUUACAAAUGACAAUUCACCAAAAUAAACAAUAUUUUAUUUUCUGUUACAGUGUAAAUAUUUACGAAUUUUAUCGUCAAAAAAACAAAUUGUACGGGAGCAUCUAUUACUGUAUAGAACCGAGUGCAUGUGAUUGCUGCACCUAACCGUUAGACGUUGCGCGCCAAAAUAAACUAACCAUAACGAAUUAAGCAGUUAAAGAGAAAAGAACACUAAUCUCACAGUGUGCGUCUGCAAAAACAAAGAAUCAAGAUAAAAGAUUACAAUUUCUCUUUGUAAUUGUGAGCUUUUUUUUCUCUUCUCGUUCUUCGAUUCUUUCCAGUUUCCUAAUUGCGAACCAAAAAAGCAGCGGAAAAUUGAGAGAAAAAAAAAGCAGAAUUCGAAUCAUAAAGACGAAUGGUUCUGAUUAUCUGGUGAAAAGAAAAAUGGUUCGUAACUACGUUUACGUGAAUCUCGUCUUCGCUGUUUUCUCGGCAACUUUGAUUUCUCAGUGUUUGGCAUUCACUGAUCCACUUGACGUCACAGCUCUCCAGGAAAUGUAUAAGACCUUAAACAACCCACAAGUGCUGCAAGGAUGGAGCGGUGGUGAUCCUUGUGAGGAGUCUUGGACAGGAGUAGCUUGUUCUGGGUCCUCAGUUAUACACCUAAAAAUUCAAAGGUUGAACCUCACUGGAUAUCUUGGAGCAUCUCUCUAUAAUCUACAAAAUUUGAAGAUAUUUGAUGUCAGUUCCAACAGCAUAACAGGUGAAAUACCAUAUGGUUUACCUCCCAAUGCCACACAUAUAAACAUGGCUUGCAACUAUUUGAGCGAAAAUAUCCCCCACUCAUUAUCAAAUAUGAAAAAACUAAGACAUCUGAAUUUAAGCCACAAUUUUUUAUAUGGACCAAUUGGCAAUGUUUUCACUGGCUUAGAUAAUCUCAAAGAAAUGGACCUUUCAUACAAUAAUUUCACAGGAGAUCUGCCAAGUUCAUUUGGUUCCUUGGUAAACCUUGAGAUAUUGUUCCUGCAGAAUAACAGAUUUACUGGAUCGGUCACGUACCUGGCUGAGCUUCCACUCAUUGAUUUGAACAUUCAAGAAAAUCUUUUUAGUGGCAUUCUUCCACAACAUUUUCAGUCCAUACCAAACCUAUGGAUUGGUAGCAAUAUGUUCCAUGCAGUGGACGGCUCUCCUUCCUGGACAUUUCCUUUGGACAGUGUACCAGUUGAGCACAAUACAAGUCGCCCACCGACAACCCAAGCAAAUGCUAUAGAGAAUUAUGCUCCCCUUAAUGUAAGAAAGCACAAGAAGAAACGAAUGGGUCCUGGAGGAAUAGCUUUUAUGGUUGGUGGGGGAACAUUAUUGGUAACAGGAUUGGCACUCUUCAUAGCGAUCCGGUUGAAUACAUUUCACACUCAGAGACUGAAGAGCUUCCCCUUGGAAAGCAACCACCAUAGUUCAUUUUCUUCUCAUCCAUUUCCUUCUAAUCCAAUCAGGGAAGCCAAAGAGGUCUCUUCUACGGCAUUAGAUGAUAGCCUGCAAAUUCCACCUUUCAAUGCUGCAUCCCUUUUGGAUCCAAGGAGAUUGCCUUUCCAGAACCAUAAAAGAAUGGGGGAAACAUCAAGAAGGAGUUUUUCUGAAAGAGACAAAUUCAAUGGAAGGACAAAGGUUUACACAGUAGCUGAGGUUGAGUUGGUUACUAACAGCUUCAGUGAAGAAAACCUUCUGGGUGUAGGGUCUCUUGGCCCAGUUUACAGAGCUGAAUUCCCAGAUAGCAAGGUUUUGGCAGUGAAGAAUAUUCAAAUGGCGGGCCUGUCUUUCAGUGAAGAGGAAAAAUUCUUAGAUGUUGUCUGUACAGCUUCCCGUCUGAAGCACCCCAACAUCAUUGCACUUAAAGGUUACUGUUUGGAGCACGGACAACAUCUUCUUGUCUACGAUUAUGUCAGAAAUUUAACUCUAGACGAUGCUCUACACAGUGCAGCAUACAAACCUUUAUCUUGGGGCAUCCGUUUAAGAAUUGCUCUAGGUGUUGCACAAGCUCUUGACUAUCUGCACUCCACGUUCUCCCCUCCUGUCGCCCAUGGCGACUUGAAGGCUGCCAAUAUUAUGCUGGACGAAAAUCUGAUGCCUCGUGUUUCUGACUGUGCAUUGGCUAUAUUAAAACCACUGACCAACACUAAAGCCAAAAUUCGGGCUUCUGAGAUUGCUAUUAGAGAUACUGGGUACAGUUCACCUGAACAUGGCCAACUGGGAAUUAGCAACACAAAGAGUGAUGUCUUUGCCUUUGGGGUGUUGCUUUUGGAGCUGUUAUCAGGAAGAAAACCUUUUGAAAGUUUUAUGCCAAAGGAAGAGCAGUAUCUAGUAAAUUGGGCUUCGACAAGGCUUCAUGAUAACGAGAGUUUGGAGCAGAUGGUGGAUCCUGCAAUUAAAAGAACAUUCUCAUCCAAGGCUCUUUCUCGUUAUGCUGAUAUCAUCUCCCUAUGCACUCAGCCUGUGAAGGAAUUUCGAUCUCCAAUGUCUGAAAUAGUGGACUCUCUUGUAUCUUUUAUGCAAAAGCUCAACUUGUCAAAGAGUUGCGGUGGUGUAGCAGCAGAUGGAACUGAACUUGACCCACUUGAGAGGUCUUUCCGUACAACCACCUCCCGAUUUAUGCCUUCACCCUCAUUGAGCUAUGUAUCCGCCUGAUUCAUGUACUAAACUUGUAUAGGGCAGAAGAAGCUAUACUCUGUGUGCAAACUUGUUGACGUUAACACACUAGGAAUUUUAGUUGACCUGUAUUCUUGUGUUCCCUGCAUUUUCUUUUCGCAUGAAGUAGAACAUUUUUUUUUUAAAAAGUAUUAUUUUUAGACUACUGAAAUGAGGUUCGCUUAAUUUUUUUUAAAAUUGAAGGAGGAAUAUUUUGAUUGAU